AUGGCCGACGGUGGGUAUGGCGGGUCAGCUCCAUCGUUGGACUCUCUCUUCAGAGGCAAGGCCAAGAAGAAAAUCAAGCCCAUGAACUUCAAUCCCGCCUUCAAAGCUGCCGGGCCUACGGUGCCGAAGGGCCCUGCGGCCGCGCUGAGGCCCAUGAGUGGUAGUGCCUUCACAGCGCCCAGCUCCAGCACGGAAGGGUGGGCGAGAGAGCUUAAGAAGGACCAAGACCUUCUCAAGAGCUGUGGGCUCUGGGUCAAAGAAGUCGAAGGGGACGGCGCGUGCUUGUUUCGAGCGUUUGCUGACCAGUUGGUUACAGACGAACCUGACGCUUAUGCGCAGAUGCGCGAGCGCUGUGUAGACUUCAUGGAGGCCCACAGAGAGGACUUUGAGCCCUUCAUAGACGAUAAGAAUAGCUCCUGGGCAGCGAACAGAGCAUGUCAUAGUCACCUGCAAGGUUGUCACUCCCCGGUUUCCGACAACCGAUGCAUUGAUCAAGAGCUGAAGCUUGCCCACGCCUGGGACUGCGUGCAGCGAAAUUCCAAGAGUGUCCAGACUGAGGACAAUGGCGAUGUGCCCAGAAGCCGCGAGGCAACCAGAGAUGUGGAGGUUCACUGGAGACGAGCGCGAAACUUGUCACGAGCAGGGAUUGCCAUGCGAUCGCUGCUGCAAGAGAUUCGUGAAGGACGUGCGCGGCUCUGCGAGAGUGAGUCGCCCGUGCGUGCGGCAGUGCGCGUGCGCAGUUGGUCGGAUGCUACCGUGAUUCCGUGCCCCGAAGGCAUCCAUCAGAAGCACGCAGAGGCCUCAGCCUCAAGCAGUUCGCACGGAUGGCAGCGGGCCAGACAGCUCGCUCGGACAGUCAACGUCAUGGGGCACCUGCUCGAUGAUGUCCGCUCCAAGCAGACUGAGAGUGUUUAUUCCACCGACUGGACUCGGGUACCCCACUCGUCCUCGCCUGCUGCGAGGGCCCACUGGCACCGCUUGAGAAGUGCCGCUGAUACCGGGCAGGUUUUUCAGAACAUGCUAAAUGGUGUGCGGAGCCGGCACACAGAGGAAGACUUCGAGGGCUAUUGCAGUCGCAUGCGCCAGAAGUGCACCUGGGGAGGCCACGUAGAGGUCCAGGCAUUGGCACGAUUGAACGGAGUCAAUGCGGUCAUCUACCAGCCUUCGCAAGCAUCUGGCAAGCCUGACCAGAUCCUGCG